AUGAAGGUAUUCAAUUCGCGUAAAUCGUUAAUUGAAUGGGUGCAGAAUACUGGACGUAAUUUGGGUUUUGUUAUUGUUAUUAAAAGGUCAGAGAUUGGUGGAUUCGGGAGGAGACACAAAUUCUUGUUAAAAUGUGAUCGUGGUGGCACCUACAAUAGUAAGAAAACCUCCACAAGGUUAACUGGCACAAAAAAACGAGAUUGUCCAUUCAGAGCUAAAGGGAUGAAAUUGAAUACAUAUGAUGAUUGGAUGGUAAGAGUACUAUGUGGAGUGCAUAACCAUUUCGCGGCAUUAUAUAUCGAGGAUCAUUCUUAUGUUGGUAAGCAUGCAUUCCCAAAUGUGUUACUGAUGCAUGCUACAUGUAAAACUAACAGGUUCAGGAUGAUUCUAUUUGAGAUUGUGGGCGUGACUUCAUCAAAGUUGACAUUUUGUGUAGGAUUUGUUUUCUUACAAUCAGAAAAGGAGGGCAAUUAUACUUGGACACUGAAUUGUUUGCGGUCGACAAUGGAUGAAUCAACUUUUCCGAGAGUUAUUGUCACUGAUAGAUAUUUGGCAUUGAUGAGGUCGUGUGCCCAGGUAUUUCCUGAGUCGAUGAAACUGCUUUGUAGAUGGCACAUCGACAGAGCUGUUAUAGCCCACUGUAAAAAAUCAUUUCGAGACAAGGAAUCUUGGGAUUCAUUCUACUCCAUGUGGCACAUAUUAAUGGAAUCAGAAACUGAUAAUGCGUAUGUGCACAAUUUAUCUGCUCUUGAGAUAAUUUUACAAAACUACUCCAAAGUCAAGAAUUAUAUUAAAGAUGUAUGGUUGAUGCUCUAUAAGGAGAUGUUCAUAUCCGCCUGGACAGACACCUACAUGCAUUUCGGCAACCUGACUACUAACAAAGCCGAGAGUCAACAUUCGAAGUUGAAACUAUACUUGGGCACACCUCAAUCAGACUUGGAGUCAGCAGUGUCGUCUAUUCAUCAGCUCAUCCAAGUCAUAUACUCUUGCGGAUGUAAACUUCGUAUGAGUAAUAGACUACCAUGUGCACACGAGCUUGCAAUAUACACGAAUGAAGAUUGUCCUAUACCAAUUGCUUGCAUUGAUAAGUUUUGGAAAAAACUUGACUUAUUGCCAAGUGUUUCACCUGUCAAUGAUGAUAUCGAUUGUAGUGUCGAGCAACAAAUGUUCGCAGAACAGUUUAAGCGUCAAUCAAAGCCUGAUAAAGUCAGUCUACUAAGGAAGUUGAGGGAAAUAAUUAAUCCAUCAAUAACUUCUCUUUUUGAACCAGUUGUUAAGACAAAUAUUAGUGGAUGCCCGUCCUCAAAGAAGAAAAUAGACAAAUCAACUUGUUGUAAUCAGUACGCAUUCGAUUUUGUUCAGCACGAUUUGAAUCAUUCUCAGGAUCCAGUUAGACACAGUAGUUCAUCUAUUCGCCCCUCCGCAAACAGGAAAGUAGACAGAUCUAUUAGCAAUUAUGCGUCUGCAUUCGAGUUCGUUCAGCAGGAAGAUUUGUGUUAUUCUCAAGAACUAGGUAGACAUAGUUGUUCAUCUAUUUACAGCACUCCACCACUUCCUACUCAAAGGAUUUCAAGAUCGAGGUCAACUGCCUAUGAGCAUGUAUAUCUUAGUCAGUUCCCACCUAUAUUGCAACCUUACAUUAUGUUCGUAAAAGAUGUAAGAGCUGAUGGAAAUUGUGGCUUCCGGCUAUUGCUGGAUUACUUGGUUUUGGAGAGGAUGCAUGGGUAA